AUGGUGGAAGGCGAUUCAUCCUCCCCACCGCCACUGUUACACAUUCCGUCUACCUCACCAUUCUAUGUCGGACCGCAAGAUCGGCCGGGAGAUUUCAUCACUAAUAUUUGUUUAAAGCUUGCUAAUUUCAAUGAAUGGUCUCACGCAAUUCGUAUUGCGUUGUGCUCUCGGAGGAAAUUCGGAUUUCUGGACGGAUCAAUUGAGGUAAAAUCAAUGCUUUCUAAUUAUGAUAAUGCUAAAAAGUUGUGGGAUGAUUUACACGAACGAUUUUGUCUUGUUUAUGGUCCCCGUAUUCAACAAAUAAAAUCCGAAAUCAAUAGCUGUGAACAAACGAAAACUAUGUCUGUAGCCGUUUAUUAUAGCAAAUUAUCUGUUUUAUGGGAUGAAUUGGACAAACAUGAGCCUCUGAUUGUUUGCACUUGUGGAAACUGUAUGUGUGAUGUUGGUAAGCAACACGCAGCUCGACGUGAUGCGGACCGUCUUCAACAAUUCUUACUUGGUUUAUAUUCUGAAUAUUAUGCAGCUUUGAGUUCUAAUUUGUUGUCUCAAGACCCCUUGCCCUCGUUAAAUAAAGCCUUUAAAUCUGUUGCACAAGAUGAAAGACAGCAACCCAACUCGGCUCUUGGGUUUGCUGUCCAUGCCACAGCAACAAGAAAGGGUCGUGGCCCUAAUGGCAGCAGCUCUAGUGUGCCGGUGUGUGAAAAGUGCAAUAAGCGCGGGCAUGAUAUCUCUCAAUGUUGGAAUGAUAAAAUUUGUGACCAUUGCAAGAAGAAGGGCCAUGUUAAGAGUACCUGCUAUGAGUUACAUGGCUUCCCGGAGGGUUACAUACCCCGUGAAACAAGAGGGGUUCAGUCUUCUACGGGAUUCGGCAAGGGUUCUAACCCACAUGCAAAUGCUAUUGUUUCAACGGCUUCAGUCCCAGGUUCACCUGUUUCAAACAAUUCAAGUGCUCAAUUGUUUACCGCCGAACAGUGGAAAGCAAUCACCGGAUUAUUUGGUAAUAGUACAUUUUCAGAUUACCGAUUGAAUGGUAAGUUUGAUAGUUCUUCUUGGAUCAUUGAUACUGGUGCCACACAUCAUGUAACUGGUAACAAAUCUUGGUUGUUUCAUGUUCAUUUCAUAACUUGUCCUGUCGAUUUACCUAAUGGUGAAACAGUAUGUGCUACAUUGGAAGGGUCAGUUCGGUUGUCGGAUACAAUCACUCUUAUUCAUGUUCUUUAUGUGCCAAAUUUAUGCUGCAAUUUACUUUCGGACCAAGCGAAGGAACUGAUUGGAAUGGGAGUUAGGCGAGAUGGACUGUUCUAUUUUAGCAAACCGGAUGUGAUGCCAUCAGUAUCUACGGUGGAGGCUUCUUCGAGCUUGGAGUUGUGGCAUAGACGUAUGGGUCAUCCUUCCGAGAGAGUAGUUAAGUUACUUCCUCAUGUUAGUAACAAUAAAAGUAGUUUGAAUAAUGGAUGUGAAGGUCCUUACAGGCAUGUUUCGUCUUGUGGGGCUCGUUAUUUUUUAACUAUUGUUGAUGAUUAUUCUCGAGCCGUUUGA